AAUUAAUUUACAUUCCUGACACGGUGCAGAGAAGUGCAAAGUGAAAUUUGUUUGUAAAGGAAAUAUAUGCUUCAUAUGGAUGAUCUACCAAUAGGGGGAACGUUUAAAUCGGACAAGUGAGGCCGUACAGCAACUUUUCGACGACGGUUGAUUAUUCAUUCGUAAAGAGGUUACGCCAUGAAUUCAAGCACGAUUGAAAAAUUUGAAGUGAAACUCCAAGAUGUCAACAAAGUGUUUUGUCCAGGCGAUACCAUCUACGGUCAAGUAAAUUUAAAGGUAAAGGAGGAUUUGAGAAUCAAGGAAAUGCGACUGGAAUGUCGCGGCGAAGCGUAUGUAAAUUGGCCUGAAUAUUCUGGGAGUUACACCAGAUACCACUAUAACAGAGAGAGAUACUUCAACGCGAUAGAGGUUAUUUUUGGAGAAGGUAAGCUGAUUUACUUCCAACAUUUUUGUGAUUUGUCGUUCGGCGGUGGUCAUAUGAUACUGGCUUGACCAAACUAAAAUGCGGUCAGGUUAGACUGAUUAUCUUGGGAAACAGUCCUUCCAAUUCUAUCGGUGAUUGCAAGAUGGCUCCAGCUGUAACUGUGAAGCCAAGCGAGACUUAAAAGGUCAUAUCAAUACUGUGUACAAAAUUUUACUCCUCUUUGCGAUCUGCAAACAUUGUAAGAAUAUCCCAUCAAUCGCUCUGAAAUUGUAAUUAUUUGGAGUGGUCAGUAUUAGAGAAGCAGAAUGAAACGUUCCUUAAUUAUCAGUAUAAGAUAGCAUGACACAAGAAAUUUAAAACGGGGGAAAUAUAUCUAGGUAAUUAACGAAAACACGUCCACAAGUCCAUGGGGUACUAGCCUGAGUCUGUUAUCAACUAAGACGGCAGUCAUGAAUAUUUUAUGACAAAACUCUUGGUUGAGGUUUUGUCGGAACUUCUGACGACGGAACUAAAGUGGAAAUAUUACCAGACAAUACCAGUUCAAAUCAUUGUGAAGCGACCAUUAAGCGUUGAACAGUAAGUUUUCCUUUUUUCUCUUAAUUAUUUGCCGAUCCAGUGCGAUGAAUUCAUCGUUGCACCAAUUGACCACUAUAGAAAAUGCCAUAAGAUACCAUAAUGUUCUUUGUUUGUCACUCCAAAAUUUUGCAUAACCAUUGUUUUCAGUUUCUCUUGGGGCCAUUUUAACUCCCAAGAGAAACUGACGACAAUGCUUAUGCAAAAUUUUGGGGUGACAAACAAAGAACAUUAUGGUAUGUUAUGGCAUUUUCUGUAGUGGUCAAUAUUUCAGUUUGCCUCUAAUAAGAAACAUUGUUAAUGAGGGUUUAGCCAAGAUUGCCACAGAGCAGUUUACUAACAACGAUUUCAUAACAGCAAUUGCUGUAAAUUAAUGGCAAGAAAGCAAUAUUUUUAAUGUUGUUUUUAACUGCCGUUUCUUCGCCGCGAUUUCAGUCAGACACAGUCAUAUUUUUAAGAUUUAUCACCAAAUAACGCACUCGGUUUUCUUGGCAUCGUCCGGAAAAAUUAGAAAACAGAUUUGGCUGUGUUUUGAAAAGGCAACCUGCGCUUCUGUGACACUUGAACCAUUUGAUGCGGUUGAAGAAAAGUUGUUUUCCCUGUUGGUGUCAGCGCUAUUAACAAAACAAUGUUGUUAUCGUACGUCUUAUACAACGAAAUUUGGAAAACAGCUCGUCUCCAGCUGUUGGACCUCUGGGAAGAUCUUAGCUUUACCCAUAGACUGAAGUCAUCCAAAAUUCCUCUUUCCGACGCUUACUUCAACGGUACUUUUGAAACUGCCGCCACAUACAAUCAUCAUUAUACUCAUGACAUAAAGCUGUUCGUGCACUGAUGGCGUAGUAAUGCAGAUAAUGUAUAAUGUAUUAGCAAAACAUACUUUGUGAUAUAGUUUGCUAACUCAAACGUGAGAGGCCUUCCAAAUUUAUCAUGACCUUGAUGAGUAGUAAACAAGGAAAUAAGUUAUCUUUGCCCUCUAACAGCCAUGACAGCUACCAUCAAGAUCUCACAGGUCCAGAAACUCGUUUACCCCCACUUGAAGUUAUCUUUCUUUUCGUAAGAAUUUUAGCCAAGAAGCUUAAAAGGGAGAUAACGCGACUGGCCCGCCGUUUCACGCUCCCGGCGUCGAGGGUAUACACAGCUAGAUCUGGAAGGGUAUUUGACCGAAAUUGAGGGCGGGAUUGGGGAAAACGGACAAUUUUUUGACCGGAUAAGGGAUUUGAUCCUUACUUGGCAAGCGUUAUUUGCCAAAAUCGUGAAAUGGGAUGCGGAAAGGAAACGGCCUUCGGUAUAGAAAUGACAGAAGUCCUGAAUGCGAUGCAGAUUAUCGUGAAAAAAGUAGCGUGAAAUGCGGAAUCAAGCUCCCCUUCCAGACCCAGUUUACAAAGACCAACAUCACCAAUCCCGGCGAUGUGGAAAGUGUCUCCAAUUAGUUUUGUGUCACAGAGUAAUCAGUUCUUGGAACUGUAAGUGGAUUUGUCACUCUCAUAACCGUGACGAUAGUCUGGUUAGUUAAUACUUAUGGCGUUUCGCUGCGGAAAGAAAGCGCAAACAAAACAAUGACAGCUGUUUUAUCUGUUAUGAUAAUGAUGAGGAGGAUUAUUGUUUGUUUUUUUUUUCUUUUUUUAUCAGAAAAAGAGAAAGAGAAAGGAGUAAAAUCAUCGGCUUGCAUUUCUCAAGGAUGUUAUAGUUUUUCUUUUAAGUUCAUUAUCCCAGACAAGUAUCUUCCCACAUCGUUCGAAGGUCGCCACGGUAACAUACGCUACUGGGUUCGCGCAGUGAUCGAUAGAGGUCUUGGUAAGAGUAACGUGAAGACGAAGCCAGCGCCUUUCAUGAUAGGUGAUUACGUAGCUCUGGAGGACUUUGAAAAUGUCACGGUAAGGGGAGUUCCUUCCUUUCGAAACAUUUCCUGUAUUCCUUCCUGUUGAUAUAAAUGAAAGCUGCUCGGACAGCUAUGGAUGGAUAUUUUAUAUUUUCCCACGGAUCUUAUCUCUACCAUUGUUUUUAAAACCGUUUAUCUAGUUUUCACUUCGUUUUUUUGAGGCCCUGGUAAAGGUAUGUUAAACCUGACCGAAAAAUUUGGGUUCAUGCUCCCAACCCAUGAGAAAUCAACAACCCAACAACUUGUGCGGCAAUGGGGAUGGAGAUGAAGUACUCCAACAACAAGGAAGUGUCACUAAGCUAGUCACUAGUCCAGCCGGAUGUAGCAUGGUCAUAAUCCCUGAGAGAGGUCCCUACUCCUCUUAAGGACUGCAAUCAUAAUACCAGGAAAGAGGUCCUUACUCCUCUCAAGGGGUCACAAUCCACUGAAAGAGGUCCUUAGUCAGGAAGUCACAAUCCUCCACUCCUCUCCAGCUCCGGGGUCGCAAUCGCCCCGGAGAGGUCCUUGGUCUUUGGUCCUUGAGUUUAGAGUCAUGGUUACCAUGGAAACCAUCCGUUUUGUGAGUCUGUGGGGCUAACAGUGACCUGUAUGGGAGCACUUCAUCCCAAUCAAACUUAACUUCAUGCAUUACCUAGACAUCCGUAUACAAUUUAAAUUUUUCUCUUUAAACAGUACCCAAAUUUUAUGUAAAGUCCACAUACAUAAGAGUUUGUAAAAUAACUAGAUAGUACGCGCACUCUGAUUGGCCGAGAGGAGUCUCGACAGUUAUGCAAACCCCCGACCUCGGCUCGGGUUUGCAUAACUGUCUCAAAUUCUCCCAACCCCUCUCGUGUUUAUAUCAGGCUAUGCAAACACGGAAAACGUUUUCUAUUGCUUAAAUAUUGUAAUAUUUACGAGACUCACUUUGUUAAUAGUUUCCAUCAAGAGAUAUGUUACGUUACAGUUAGUGGCAGAGGCAAUUUGAACUUAUGCAGUCUAUCUGCAUCAAAGACAUUGUAUGAACUGAUAAGCUUACUCUGUUUUAAGAACUUGGCAAUACUUGACAUGUGACAUGAGAAAGUCAUAGGAAGGAAGGGUGGGAACAACGUUUCAAAAAUUCAGCUAACAGCCACAGGUGGAUAAACUCCCUGAGAUAAGGUUCAUGCUCAGGGCAUUUGAAUUGCUUGACAGUAAGACAGAAAGCAUGUAGUUCCUAUUAUCACCCAACCCAAACAUGCGAUCACUCAUGGUUGUCCUAUUAACUUAACUGUAGGCAUAAAUUGGUCUUUAAAUAAAAUGUACGUCUAUAGCUGUCCGAUCGACAUUGUAUAUUUAAUUCAAAGUUUAAUUUUGUUUUGAUUAUCCUGAAUUACAUUAAGACCCGGCCUCUUUUCGCUGCUGUUUAUCCAAGUUGUCCUGGUCGUGUUUUAAGUUUUGAUCGGCCAUCCCUGCAAAAAUCGGCAAGAAAUUAUUAUGAUCAGUACUACCUGACAAACAAAAAUUGUUUGAUAUCUUCUUUCUAAUCUGUAGGAUCAUUGAAUGUUUAAGUAAAGGCACUAAGUAAUAAAAUUGGGCACAGAAUUAACCGAAAACAACAAUAUCAGAUAUGACGUAACCCCUAAUUUGCAUUCCAAUCGAAAUCCGAAUCGCUGACCAUUAGGACUUCAGCGAAUCAAAACUGCGGUUUGGAGACCGUCUUGAAAGGUCAUACAUGCGUAUAAUUUAUAUAAAACAAAAAUGGUUAGUACAUAAUGGGACGUGUAACAGAGACGUAUAGAAUUGUCAUAUCAGAUUAUGUCCGCACAAACAAAAAAAGGUUGUGGGGAAGAGGUUUUGUGUUGCUAACGCUUCUAUUGUUUUCAUCACGGACACUGAUAAUAUUCAGUAAGUUACUGUUCUUCUUUCUUUCUAGGAAGCCCUCGUUGAAGAAGAAAUAAAGAAAACAGGGAUGUCUUGUUUUCGAUCCGGGACUUUGGUCCUAAGGGCUGAGACUGAUCGAGGAGGCUUCAAGCAAGGCGAUGACAUCCACGUAUCUGUACUGGUAACAAAUGAGACGCCAUAUAAUGUAGCAUGUAUUGAAGUGUCCCUUGUUCAAAGAUCCCUUUUUGUCGAUAUCGGAGGUAGGUUGGAUUGGUCUACACAUGGCACUACAUUUUUCUCUAUGUGAGCUACAUCAUAAGCCUAGCAAGACCGUGUACUCGAACCUGAUAAUCUAUGUUAAUAAGUGUUUUCCUUGUUCAGUCCGUAUCUUGCUUUAAUAGGCUUGGCCUCCCACUCAGGUGUUCGUAUUCCUUCCUCCCAACAAACUCGAGGUAGAUAGAAUGCGCGGGUAAUUGCUUUGAUUUUCGCGACGAAUUAUCAACAAAGUAGCUUAAUUGUCCUGUGAUUAAAUUUUAGUUCGUAUUCUUAAAAUGUCAUUAUAAAUAGCUUUUGAAAUUAAAUGUUUUAUGUACUUGUAUGGUCAUGCAAAUAAAGCUUGUUGUUGUUGUUGUUGUUGUUGUAAGGCAAUACAUCUCACUGCCGCUCCACAAACUGUUAAGGUCGUUUGGGUUACUGAACACCCUGGAACUUGAGUCUGCAGACUAACGACUGUCUGUAUUGUGCCACGAGGAAUAUGAUGACUUCCUUUUUUUUUUUCUUGUUGAUCUAUCCAUCAAAGCAUUUUGUGUCAAGAGCUGUUCAGUUUAAGAUGCGUUUUUUAUAUGUAACCGAGUGGCUAUGAUAAAACCAAGUCUUUCUGGAGUGAGGCACACCCACUACAGUAAAAUGCUUUCAUCACCAACAGCAAGUUUAUAACGCGGCUGUAGAAACCCUAAUGUUCAUCACGUUUUAAACACUGUCUCUGUAACAUGGUAUCGGCACUAGUAAUAUUUUGAUUUGUUAUUUAAUAGGUGGCAAGACAUUUUCUGACCAUACCAUCUGCUAUGUGAGGAAACAAGGAAUAUUAAAAGGUUGGGAGCAAGAAUUUCCCAAGAUAUCAUUGGCUAUUCCCUCUACUACCUACCCAACGCUUAUAUCGUCCAAGUGCAUAGCAGUCUUAUAUUUCAUACAGGUAAGAAAAUUAAGGAAGCUUUUGAACGUUCUCUAGCAUUUAAGCUUCUAUAGAUAUCAAAAUUGACUGGAACUUCUCGUUUUGAUUUAGCAACAGAGGAUAUCAGGACAAAUAAGGAAUCUUAGGGCCUUGGCCGAGAUAUGUCAAUUUCACGAAAGUUAUUUUUAGGGGUUUUAGAGGUUAUAAAACGGAAACUAAUUUCUGGGACAUCCGCAAAUUUUAAUCGAUUAUUUGAAACGUCAUCAGGUCCUCGCACGGCAUGCCUCAAAGUAAUUCAUAUAUCUUAUUGGACGGUUCAGUGUGUAGUAUCGUAGGAUAUUUUUACGAGUCCCUCCCAAAUCCUGUUAGUUUCGAUUCGUCAUUCAUGAUUGUCAAAAGAACCAGAUAAAAACAAGGAUUUCUGUAUAGUUUUCACCAUUUUUGUUAUAUCUAUACCACAUGUACACUGGCGUGAAAAACACUCCUUAUUACACAGUACAAGCCUGGCUAAUAACAGCGGAACCGUCCGAUAAGCAAGAUAAAAUAACUAACAUGACAGAUUACCAGACCAGUAAUCGUAAAACCCGACCUCUCACGAGGCUACAAUUCUGACUUUGAGGAGACGAACCCAACUGGUUUGAGACUUGCCUGACAGUUUACAAGACAAGACUGACUAGCUACCUAAACGACGUUUUUAGUAAAAAAAAAAAAAAAACCUUUACUAUAACGCGGACUUUGUUACACGAAACACGCACAGUAACACCGACUCCAACACUCAGACUACAAUAGCUUUAACUGUGACCCUGUUACGACAGCGACUAUAACGAUGAGAGACACCUAUAUGGCACCUAUUCUACAAAUUUACAACAUACGCGUUGCACACAAACUGAUAACCACUUCAUGACGGCUUCUCACUAAUGCUAAAGGUAAAGAAAAACCGGAGGACCGAUAGGGAGCAGUAUAAGAGAUCAAACGCUGCGACUCCCAGGCUACUUACAUCAGUGAAACCGGCAGAAAUUAAAGAUUAGCACGCGACUGACCGAACACAAACGAGCGACGAGAAAUGGUGACGUCAACAAUCACAUUACUACUAAACAACAUUUACAGACGAAACAUCAAAUCGACUGGGACUCUGCGACAUGUGUUACGUAUUCUACAGACUAUACUACCAACGACUCACUUUAGAAAGCUGGUUUAUUACUAGCAAAACUAACUACGAGAGAAUGACUGGACAACCGAACGACGGACGAACGGACGGAUAUCGAAACGCACCAAUGAAAUUACGAGUCUUCAUAGCCAAUAACAUUAAGGCUUAACUGACAGACAACCUAUGACACUGCGACUUAAUUGACCAAUCAGGUCAAUAAACAGAGUUCAAUAUCAUCAACUGACGUGAUACAACUCCCUUUGACUCUGAAGAUGACUACCGCACAGGUUGUCGAAACAUCAGUCACUGUCAACAACAGCCCUACUCAGGACUACGUUCACAUGGACGAUAAAGCUCAACCUAUUUAUGAUCAUUUUCUUUCUUCCGGUUUCGCAGAUAACAGCAAAGUUUAAAGGGAAGCUCACCAAGAACGGAUACCUCGAGAUGCCAGUUGUAAUUGCUUCCUCUGAUGACGAAACAGUAAUUGAGGCUCAGAAAAACGCACAGACGAAGCCGGCAUCCCUGCGGCCUUUGCGGCGGAGGGGAACUUUUUUCUGUGUAACGGCCCAAAACACCUUACUUUACAAGCAAGAUAACUCCAACAUGGACUUCAGCGAUCAAGAAGAAGUGGAUGAUUUUAUCGCCAGCCUUUUAUCACGGACUAAACAAAACGGCUAUAAUUUUACGGCUAACUCGAAUAAUUCACUACCACGAAAACAAAACCAUAGCUCUGCUAUCGCAUCACGACAUGAACCUGAAAGACUGUUUGUCAAUAAUAACGGGCAUUUCAAGCUUAUAAGUGCAGUCUGAAACUUUAAUCGUGAAAAUGGUGGUAGAAUUAUCAUACAUCAAAACACGAUUAUAAAAAUAUAUGUCGAACAGGCACAACUCUGGUUAAAGCUUUAGGAGAUAAAUAUGAAUUUUAUGAAUUAAUUUUAAAAUGCCGUCUGAGAUGGACUACACUUGACAUUGUAACGUUAGGCGAAUUCCGCGGGUACCCUUUUACGUAACUAUUGUGUGUAACUUGACGGAUGGUACAAAUUACCCUGUGACUACAUUUGCGUGUCGGGCAACGCAUCUCGUAAAUCGGGUGAUCCCUUGCGAGGCAAGGUUUACAAAUUUGUCGAAAUUUACUUUUUGUGUGGAUCGCUGAUCGGGAAGUGAACACUGCGUAUUUGCUUACGUUGCUUAGUGGUAAGGAAUUUUCCCAGUUCAAAUCCUAGAGGAUCCGUUUUUUAGUUUCUUUUUAUCCUGUAUUUUGACUUUAAUUUUUCACGUUAAUUUUAAGGUGCUGGUAUAAAAAAUGAAGUAAUUUGUUGAAUAAAAU